GAAUGUCAAAAUAUCAUAGAAUUCAAGUUAUGAUACAAUUCGGUUGUUUUCCAUCUGUAUUAUUUCAAAACUGUUUGUGAAUCUAAAUUCUUGUGUUGAAAAUAUUAUCGAUGGAUGUGGAAGUUAUCCAACAGCGCGCCUUGGCAGUGGAUCCACCGGAUCAGGAUUUCAAUCCGAAUUUUCAGCCUGUGACCGGUGAGCAGUACCUACAGAAGGUUAUUUACGAACGUAAACACUGUCCCGCCGUUGUCGUAGUUAGACCGAGCCCAAAACGGUUACAAGCGCAGAGCAGCAAGAUUCCAUCGGGAAGCGGUGCCAUACCUAAAGAACUGCUCAAGAAUGUCGCACCGCAAGCGCUCAUACCGACCAGAGAGUGGGAAUCGCUGCAGAACAAAAAGUUCACCGAACUGCGGGAUACGAUAACGCACUAUCGUGGCAGUGAACACUUUCACGAGAAUCUACGCAAGACUAACAUCUAUUUGAAUUUCGACAAUCGAAAACAACUGCACGAUUAUUGUGCCAAAAAUCAGCCUCUCGUACGGAUCCUGCUGAGUAUACCGCAGCGAAAUCUGGAAGUGCUGCUCGAAUAUCUGUACGAGUGGCUCCAGGGGAAGCAGAAUGAGGACGAGCAGGAAGUAGAGGAACGUAUGUAUCGUAAGGACUGGAUAACGCAGUGGAUCUAUGCUAUUCUGGCGUGUAUAAUUGCCCCGCUGGAACCGUAUAUCCAUAGCAUCCUCAGGGACAUUGCUAAGGCAUGCAUUGCGAUGCGGAACGAGCUGGCGGCCGAGGAGGAAUUGAGAGUACUGCCAUUGAAUCUGCUCAUUUGUAUAAUUUCAAAGAAUUUCAAUCAGCUUGAUUUGGGAGAUAACACCGUUUGAAGUUGGGAUCGUGAACCUAGGGAGUAAGAGAGUAAGAGAAGAAUAAAUUUCAUAUUUCGUUUUGAUUAUUAUGCAUCAAUACUAAACAUCGUCUGAUAAAUUAAACUUUUGAUAAACGUUUCA